AGCUUAAUUAAUGCCGAUUCUCAAUUCCACCCCUCUCUAGUCUCUUACAUAAUUAAUGUUUCCCUCAUGAAGCCUUCUGAUCCUCCCCAUCCCGUAUCAAGAAGCCGGGUGGCUAUGACUUUUUCCACUUUUCAUUCGUGUCACGAGUUGUGGGGAUCGUGGGGCACUCCAUGUGCGUACGUACUACGGAUGAAGAACUAAUAUAUAUGAAAAGACUUGAAGAAUCGGAGGAUGUUUCUAUCUUAUAUAGAAUUAUACACUCUGAAUUCUGGGUACCAAUAUACACCACAUAAUUUCUCUAUAUACCACAUAAUACGACAUCAUCCAACUCAUCAAACAAACUUAAACAUCGAUUCAGAAAGUUCCUGAAAAUAGCCAUCAUGGAUAGAGCAUCACACAUUGUGAUCAUUGGGGCUGGCAUGGGAGGGCUGUCAACCGCAUUGUCUUUAGCUAAAGAAGGCUUCACAAACAUCGAAGUUUUCGAGACAGCGUCGAAUUUAGGUUUCGUCGGUGCUGGAAUUCAAUUGGCGCCAAACAUGGCCAGAAUAUUGGAUAGGUUGGGCUGUUGGAAGGAGAUAGAGGCCGAAGCUGUUGACUUGAAGGAAACCAGCAUUAGACAGGGCGAUUCUGAUAAAGAGCUUGCUCACGUGGAUCUUUUGUACAUCAGAGAAACCUAUGAAUACCCUCAUAUGGUUGGCCACCGAUCCAAUCUUGCUGGCUCUAUGUAUGAGGCUUGUAAGAAAGAGAGUGGCAUCAAAUUUCAUUUCUCUGUUGCAGCCGAAGCUGUCGAGUCUUUUGGCCCCAAGCCGCAACUCAAGGUUAAGCCACGUCAUGGAGAAUCUUAUACUGUCGAAGCCGAUGUCAUUCUCGCAUCAGACGGUAUUAAAUCGAUCGUCAGAUCAAAGAUUCUGUCUGAAUUGAACCAUGACGCACACAUUACAGACACGAACCAGGCAGCAUAUAGAAUUAUGCUAAAGCGUGAGGAAAUGGAGAACGACCCCGAACUUUUGGAACUUAUCAAUGGAGACAAGGUCACAAGAUGGAUUGGAGAGAAAAGACAUAUCAUCGCCUACCCAGUCUCAAGCAAACAAAUCUAUAACCUCUCCACAGUUCAACCAGACACAAAUUUCGCUGCCGCCCCUUCAGCUACUUAUACUACCAAGGGUGACAAGAGCGCUAUGUUGGACAUUUUCUCAGACUUUUGCCCUAAAGUCCAACGUAUGUUGAACCUUGUUCCAGAUGGUGAGGUAUGUGAAUGGAAACUUCGUGUCCACAGCCCUCUUCCAACUUGGGUCCGCGGAUCCAUUGCAUUAGUUGGAGAUGCUUGCCAUCCAACUCUUCCUCAUUUAGCUCAAGGUGCCGCUCAAGCAAUUGAAGAUGCUGCCGUGUUAGGUGCUGUGUUUUCCAAGUGUCCUUCAAACAGCCCAUCAGAUAUCAACAAAUCUUUACUCGUUUAUGAGAGCGUUAGAAAGGAACGAGCCGAAACCCUCGUUGAGCUCGCUGCACAAUCUGGACGAGCUCUACAUUUGGGUGAUGGAGCUGCGAAGGCAGAGAGAGAUAAGCAAUUCGCUGCAUUGAAACAAACGGGGGGAGCAGUUCCAGAUAAAUGGGCAGAUGCUGAUGUUCAAAAGAGGAUUUAUGGUUUUGAUUGUUAUCAAGUUGCUCUUGACAGGUUUGAAGAUUUAUUUGCCAAGGUUGAAGAGGGUAAAUUUGUUGGUUUGGACCAGCCAGUUAACAGUUCAGGUCAGAACGGAAAUGCUGCCAAUAUAUAAUAUCAAUAUACAUACAAUGUAAAAACU